CUCCUUUGUAUGUCACCUUAUUAGUCCCUAAAAGAAAUUACAAAAAUAGUUUCAUCACUAUAACACAUGGUGGUUGUUGGUGGUGCACCGUCAUGAUCAUGUCUCCGGUGAUCAGUGAAGCCCUCUUAUCUGGUUUCGCACUAAAGACUACAACCCUUCGCCGCAGUAUCCAUCUAGUCCAAUCUUUGUCAGUCAUCUUUCUGUAUUGGUUCUACGUCUUCUUGUGAAACAAUUAAGUUUAAUACCCUUCACUUUCAUAACAUCUCUUUUUUUUUUUUGGUGAUCAUGUUUUCUUAAUUUAUAAUAAUAUUUCAUUGAGUAACAUAUUAUGGAGUUAACCAAGCAGCAUCCAGAGUCAAGUUUAGAUGAUCAUCAAGAAUCAGUCUUGAGGAAACGUAAACGAAUGAUAUCCAACAGAGAAUCGGCUAGGAGAUCAAGGAUACGCAAGAAGAACCAUGCGAAUGAUCUUGCGGAGCAAGUGAGUCAACUCGUGAGUGACAACAAAUACAUGGCUAUCAGUUUAAAAGAUACAACUCAAAUGUUCCUCGAUAUAGAUUUUGAAAAUUCGGUCCUUAGAGCUCACUUGGCUGAGUUGACUCAUCAAUUCGAGUCACUCAGUGAGUUCAUCAAUGCUUUCAGCAAGUUAACUGAUGACGACUCAUCAUAUGAAGCAUCGAUUAUGUGUGGUAAUAAUAUGGAUGAUGACGAGUCCUUGUUUCAUUGUAUUAACAUUUUGCAUGAUGAUCAACAUGUCAUGGCUGGCAUGUUCAUUUAAUAUAGCAUAC